AUGCUCGCCGUUCCGCUUGUGAUCGCGGCGCUCGUCGCCCCCGCCUCGGCCCUGUCCAUGGCCAAUCUGGAGGGCACCUGGUCCUCUGGAACCAACUAUGUCUCGACCGGCGGCGACUUCUGCAACCCCUCAUUAAGUCUGUUCAACGUCCCGAACAACACGGGAAUGAGCUACUCCUUCACCGCCGACGGCUUCUUUGAGGAGGCGCAGUACCGAUACAAGUCGAACGCGUCCGACCCGUUCUGCAUCUCGUCCGUGCUCUGGUGGCAGCACGGCAAGUACAAGAUCAACGACGACGACACGAUCACGAUGACGCCGUGGGCGACGGACGGACGUGUGCAGACCCAGACCCGGUGCGGCGGCACGACCGAGGCCCAGGUCUACUACUACAACGAGAAGGGCACGUUCAAGAGCUGGGACGUCCAGGUCCGCGUCAACCCGGCCAAGCCCAAGGAGGGCGCCAACCUCGCGCUCAUCACCCAGGCCUUUGACGGAGCGAAGAACCCGCCCAUGUACCUCAUCGCCAGGCCGCCCAACAUGCUCCCGACCCAGGUCCUGACCGGAACCAACUCUUCGGGAUCCACCGUCGGCCGCCGCUCGUUCAUCCCGGCCCAGGUCCAGUCUGUCGAGAAGCGCUCCAAGAGCUCCGCCAUGGCCGCUGUGGCCGCCCCGGCGGCUCUGGCUGCCGCGGGUCUCGCCGCGAUCUUCCUGUAA